AUGUCAUCCUCGCUCGACGUCAACAACAACGAGCCAAUGGUCGGUGCUGCACUGCCGAAUAUUGUUGGUGAUGAUGAUGAAAAUGACAGGGCUGAAAAAUUGAAUAACGAUUCGGACUCGGAAAAGCAUCUCUCAAGCAAUGCAUCGGCUCUUGUUAAUAUUAUAAAGGCGAAUAUCGGAUCGGGAAUUUUAGGAAUGCCCUAUGCCUUUAAAUGUGCUGGAUAUUGGCUGGGUCUUUUUAGUAUUGUGAUUAUUAUGUUGAUUGUAGUGCAUUGCACUAUUUUAUUGGUCGACAGUAAAAGGUAUCUCAACAACAUGUUGAAAAAGAAACGAAAGAAGAAAAAGGAUGAAAAUGGAAUUGUGGUUGGGGAUGAAAUCUCUGAGGCACAAUCAUCACCAACUCCGACCAUACCUUUGACAACAAAAACAGAAGCAACAUCGUCGACGACAAUGGAUGAGAAGGAAAUUAUUACAUUUAACGAUAUUGGUCAUGCAGCGUUUGGUCGAAUUGCUACAGUGAUUAUUACGUUCUUUUUGUUUGUUACGCAGUUGGGAUUUUGUUGUGCUUAUCUAACGUUCAUUUCUUCGAAUUUAAUGAACAUUUUUGGGACCCCAACGACAUUGGGAUGGAAGGCUCUCUUUAUUUUUCUUACAGGAGUUACCGUCUUUCCAUUCUGUUGCAUCCGCAAUUUGAAAUACCUUUCUCCAGUUAGUAUAAUCUCAGAAAUUAUGAUUAUUCUAGGAGUUGGAAUCGUAUUGUAUUUUGCGUGUGACAAACUUGCGUCUGAGCCGUUCCCAGGUCUAUAUCGAAAUUUGAGACCUUACAAUUUCGAACAAUUUGCCACCUUCUUUGGCAUUUGUUUAUUUGCAUUUGAAGGAGUUGGACUAGUUCUUCCCAUCGAAUCGAAUAUGAAAGAUAAGAAGGCCUAUCCCAUGUUACUCUUUGUUGGAAUGAUUAUAAUUUGCGCUUCAAUGAUCUUAUUAGGAAUUGUGGGAUAUUUGGCCUAUGGUAUGGGAGUGAAUAGUUUGAUCACGUUCAAUCUUCCCGCAAGUGGAGCCUUACCCCUUAUUAUCAAGAUCUUCCUCAUAAUUGCUCUUCUUUUCACAUAUCCAAUUCAACUCUUUCCAAUUUCUCAAAUGAUGGAUUCUGCAACGGGAUACCUUGCCUCAUGGAUACGGAACAAAAUUCACAAGAAAACAACAAAGGAAUUAGAAACAGAAGAGGAACAAGAGGAGGAACAGCAUGCUCUUCUUACCCAACCCACAAAAUCUGGCCAAAAUUCCAUCAAUUCUAAGAGUGACAGCUCGGAUGAGAAGCGGAUGAAUUCUUUACUACCUGAUGAAACAAUAGCCACACGAUCCAAUUUUAAGGCCAAAGGCUCAGCAUUGUACCUUCUCAUGCAAGCAUGUCUCUCUCCGAAAUUCCAUCUCGAAAACUUUAUUCGCUUCCUAAUGAUCAUGUCCACAGUUUUAUUCUCUGCAUUUAUUCCUUCGUUUGGUGACUUUUUAGGAUUAAUUGGAGGAUUUGGAGGAACAACGUUAGCAUUAGUCAUGCCCUGUGCAAUUCACUUGAAAGUCAUGUGGAAACAUAUUGAUUGGAGUGUCAAAACCAAAGAUAUUGUAUUGAUUAUUUUCGGUUUGUUUGCAACCAUCUUCUCUACGUAUAUUUCCUUCCGAGAUUUGGUCACACAUUUAGAAGAGGGGCAAUAA